UACACAAUUAUACCCGCUGCAGGAACUAGUGCUUCCCUUCAUCACUCUUUUUGCUUUUUAUAAGUUUUUCUACACUUUGCCCACUCUUCUUCAGAAGCAAAAAAACGUAAAGGUGACGCCUCUCUCUCUCUCUCUCUCUCUCUCUCUCUCUGCCUCUGUCAAUCUAUCAGUCCAUCCCCUAAAAAACUUGUCAUUGUACCUUUUUUGCUUGAAAGUCUCAUCUUUCAAAAUUCUUUCGUCUGAGUAGUCUCUUUCUCUAGCUGUUUAAGUUAAACUCUACUUCUCCACGCAGCCACCUCCUUUUCUUUCAUUAAUUGUACCCCUUAAAGCUACCAUAGAAGGCAACUUUUGAUCUGUGUAUACAUGCUCUGUUUUUCAAUCUUGUUUCUUUGAUUCUCUGUUUCUUGAAAAUUUCAAGAAAACAAUCUUUUUUGGGUUUCUGUUGUUUGAUCUUUAUUCGUUUGAGACUGUUUCUUGAAAUAUUCAAGAAAAGCAAUGAAAGAGAGGGGCAAAGCAGUGGAGAUUUAUAACAACAACAGCAAUAGUGACAUGUAUUUUCAAGAUUAUAGCACAUCCUCAUCUGAUCUUCCAUGCAAGAAACACCCAUCAUCUUCUUCAGUUGGAAUUUGUGCAUAUUGUCUCAAAGAUCGUUUAAUGAAUCUUGUUUGCUCAGAUUGUGGAGAACAAAGGCUUUCUUCUUGUUCUUGCUCUGAGAUCUCUUCCAAUCGUAAUUCUUGCACUGUUGAUGUAGGCAGUGUUGGUCGAAUCUCAUUCUUGAUAGAAAAUGAUCAAAGGAACAAUGAAAUUUCAAAUUCCAAGCCCAAAAUUGGAGAGAAAACAGAAGAAGUUAAUUUCUUGCUUAAAAGAAGCAGUAGUAGCUGUGUCGAGAUAAAAAGAAAAAGUGGGUUUUGGAGAAUUGGAAAACUAUUUAGCAAGAAAAGAGAAAAGGGUAGUUAUGAAAGAAAUAGUAUAAGUGGAUUUGAAGAAAGGAGUGACAGUCUUUGGGUUGUUGAUUAUAUGGGUGUUUCUAGAUCAAGGUCUCUUUGCAGUUUCAGAGGUGGCGGCGGCGGCUUUUUUGGAUCAGAGGAUGGAACCUUUUCAGGUGCUCGGAGUUCAAUUUCAGGUGCUAGAAGUUCAAUUUCUGCUGCAAGAAAUUCUGGUGUUAAUAAUGGUUUGAUUUUUGAUCCUGAAAGGAAAAGUGGGUUUAGCAGCGAAACAGAGCCAAGAAAAAGUGGCUUUGACAGUGUGUUAUUAGAUUCUGAUCAAAAACUUGAUUUUUCUGGUUUUAAUGGAGCAAAUACUAACACUAGAAGAGUUUUUUCACUCAAAGAAGGAAACUUCACUACUAUGGAAGAUUCAGGCUUCAUCGACUUGAAAUUUGAUGGUCUAUCAGAUUCAAACUCUGCUUUUGGUAGCAUGAAGGGCAAUAGUGAUUUUGUGGCAGUUCAAGAACAAUGUGGAGGCAGUUUUGGGAGUUUUGUUGGAGAUGGGAUGUUCAGUAAUGGAGGAUCAUGUAGAAUUACAGUUAGUGACAGAGGGAUUAAAAGGAGCAGGAAAAGUUUCAAGAGCUGGAGAUGGAUUUUCAGGCAAAAUAAUUCAGAUGCAAGAAAAAAACAUGAAGAAUAUGUAGUCAAACCAUUAGCAUAAUUAGACCAGUUUAAAUUUAUUAUCUGCUUUUUUUUUUUUUUUCUUAUGUUGUGUAUUAAUUUGGUCACAUCUUUCUGCUUUCUAUUUUGAUCAAGUUUAAAGAAAAGAAGUGGGAAUUAGAACUUUUGCUUGAGUUUCA